AUGGCAUACUACUCGAACGGACAGUACUACAACACCGCCGCUCAGCCGCCGCAACUUCCACCAAGCCAGUACCAGAAUGCCUACGCGCGGAGGUCGCCUAGUUUCGACGAUGGAGAUGACGCAAGCCCCGGACUGAAUGGAGGUGCAGCCGACCAGUAUGAGUAUCCAACGCCGGAGCGCAGGAGGAGUAGUGCGCGACAAACAGAUGAGCUGUUCAUGGGCGCCUUUAGCACAGCUCCUGCGCAACCCAUCGGCUCACCCACCGCUGCGGGGAUCCCGUACCAGCAACACACCUCGCUCGGCAGACAACAGUCUGUCUACAACCCUCAAGAUUAUGCGUCUACAGAAUCCCCAUCGAGUCCGCUACCCUACAGUGUGCCCGCCAGGACAUAUAGCACUACAUCACAUCUGCCCUACAACCCAGCUGCGUACAGGGAAAGCAAUAUUGCUCCGCAGUCUGCGUCGCCCGGCUAUCCGUAUGCCUCUUAUCCUACGACUAUCGCAAUGCCCUCCCCACCACAACCUUAUUCUCCAAUGACACCACCAACAGCACAGCAACAAUUUUCUGGAGGCCGCACGCAGUCGUAUAGCCAGAGAGCCAACGCUUAUCCUUCGGCGAACAUGUAUCAAAAUAGCGCUUUGUCUUCGCAAAGUUCGUUUGCGUACUCGCCGCCGGCACCGCCGCCAGUGCCUGCCGUGGCAGGGAGCGCAAUUUCUCCGAGCGACACCUGGGACCAUCUGCCAGCACGUCAGCCAUCCGAACGACAGAGAUAUCAUUAUAGUCGAGUUUCGGACUCGAGUCUCUCGCCCAACAAUUUACCUUCACCGCCAAUGCCAGGCCAUGGCAGGUCAGCCAGCCAUAUCGAAAACCACACUUCUCCAACAUUCUAUCCGCCCUCGAAUUCGCUUCCCCCUACUCCAGGACCACCGCCACCGCCCCAUACGGUUGCGCCGCAGAGGACGGACACGUUGAACCGACAUCCAACGCAGCGUGCGCUACCCCCACGGCCGUCACCUGGAUCAGACAGCGAACCGGACUACUUCAAUCGCUCCAACGGGAGGUUUAGUCCAACGGCAGAGGCUUUGAUGCAGGACGACUUAUUCCAUCAACUUGAGACCACCUUGAACGCACGAUCUCCUGUCAUCCACGUCACCGACGAUGAGUCGACGACGCCGGUUUACGCGUCAGCGGGUCGGAACGGCGACGUUUCCAACGGUCAUCUCACACCGGAUACAGCAGAUCAACGUUACAGUACCUAUAGCGACGAAAGCGACGCUGAGGCAGCCGCUGGCGUCGCUGCCAUGGCGAUGGCUGACGAGCAGGACCGUCUCGAUGCGGAAAGGAGGGAGAGUGGAGGCCCGAGCGGGUUGUUUUCUGCCUUUGCACCAGCUUUACCGCCGACACCCGAGCAAAAUCGCACAGAGGGCGGAAGCCAAAGCGAUGACAGCUAUCCUGCUGUUGACGUGGGUAUAUAUGGUGGCAGCUUCCUUCCUGACUUCUCCUACAAUGGACGAUUGGGAACAGGCACAGGCAGUCUGCGCGAGCACGUGAAUCGAAGUGAUCCUGUGUCGUCGUCCGGGUCACGAAGAUCGCAGAAGACCAAUGACACUGGUACUAUCUACGACUUCGACACGAUCCACCCAUUCCCUCCCUUCAGAACCGACGCCCGCGUUGAUACCUCCGGCACUGGUGGACUCGCCGAUCCGAGCACACUAAGAAGGCGGUUGAGCUACGAUGAGGGCGACGAAACUGGUUUCGUGGAUACCUCAGCUCCGGCCGCAAACGAGCCAGCUGAUAUGUUCUUCCAUCCGGGGAUGUCCACACGUCGGCCGUUGCCGCCUCCUCCGGCUGGCGAGCUACAAUUUAACCGGACUACAUCGUCACCAGGUCCUUACGCUUCUAAUAGCUACAGCAUCUCAACCUAUGCGCACGGCCGUCCAGUCUUUCCAGCAGGGCCGAGCGAUUUCACACUUCUGCAGAGCCCUGCUGGAAGCGUCCCCAGGUCCACCUCCCUGCUUAGCCACAGCAGCACGCCACAGAUUAUACAACCGAUGCGCUCGAAGACCGAUGCUGAGGAACGGAGAUUGAGACAGCAGCAGCAUCGCCAGUCUACGGUGUUUGGUAACGAUAGCGGCACCGAGGGCUUGACUCCUCCGAAUGCUAGCGCUGUCGCCCUGGACCUACCUGCUCUCCCGGCAGGGAAGCGCUUCAACCCACACAAGCUUACGCCGAAUGAUUUCAAGAGGUGUACGGAGCCAUGGGCGCUGAGCUCCGUCAUCUCAUGGCUCAAAUCCAUGACCGAAGGAGAGCAGGACCUCAAGCAGCAAGCGAUUGUUGACGGCUUGGUGGCGCUCUUUACGCACAAAGUCCCAACAAUGAAUGUUGCGGACGCAGAAACCCUAAGCGCUCGUGUCGUGAACGACAUGUUCAAAGCCGGAACGCUGGUGCAUGAAGAAGAAUGGCUCAAGUUCAGUACAGCGACGAUGACUGGUGUUAUCUACCAGCUCACCGGAUCUGGGUGCUACUCUCCGAGACUGCAUGACUACCACUAUCCGGGACGAUGCUACGCUCAUCAUUGCCAGCGGACAUUGAAGAAGAUCGACCUGCAAGCACAGUCAUCAGCGAGGCAGUCAGGUACCUGGGCAGAGUUCUACAAGCUCAAAAAAGAAGACAUUGAGGGAAUUGAUGGAAGGGAGGUCGAGCGGCAGAACGUCCUGCAUGAGAUUGUAACGACCGAAGAGAAUUAUAUGAGCAGCAUCGACGUCCUGAGAGUGUUGUACCGCGAUGCGCUCAUCAAAUCUCAACCCCCUGUCAUCGGUCCCACGAAGCUGAAGAAAUUCAUCAGCGCCGUGUUCGGUAAAGUGGAUGUGGUAAAGAAAGCGAAUGAGGAGCAUCUUCUGCCGCAACUGAAGUACCGCCAGCAAGAGCAAGGGCCCUGGAUUAUUGGCUUCAGCGACAUCUUUCGCGAGUGGAUACGCAAAGCUAAGAGCGCGUACAUUGAGUACGCUGCCGCCUUUCCAUACGCUACUCUCCAGAUCCGACAAGAGGCGGAGAGGAACAUGUUGUUCCGUUCUUUCCUGGAACAAGCAAGGACCAACAAGAUGUCGAACAAGCUUGACUGGACUACGUAUCUCAAAGAGCCUAUCACCCGGUUACAGCGCUACGGACUUCUGCUGGACACCGUGCUCAAGAGGACUGUGAAAGACAGCGACGAGAAGCGCAACCUUGAGACCGCUAUUGAGGAAAUUAAGCAGGUUACAGUUGAAUGUGACGCGAGGGUAGCUGAGAUGGACCGGAAGCUUGAGAUCACCGACCUUCAAUCCAAACUUAUCCUACGACCAGGCAUGCAAGCGGACCUGAAUCUCGACCAUCUCGGCCGUCAACUUAUUCACAAGGGUGACCUGCAAAGACAAGGAGGAAGCCGAUUCACUUGGCUCGAGACGCACGCGCUGCUUUUCGAUCACUAUCUUGUGCUGGCGAAGACGGUGCAGCAGCGAGAUGUUGACGGAGGCGUCAAAUACGAAAAGUAUGAUGUUUCAAGGCCGCCCAUUCCCAUGGAUCUCCUCAUCCUUGAGUCAACUAAUGACGAGCCCGUUGUCCGAUCUUCCAUGAAAGGCAUCUCCACCGUCACAACCGCCACAGUCCGAGGUAGCACGCCCGCUGACGCGCGCCUCGGCGGCCGCACUACUGCCAAUACGGAGCGACCCACUCCAGGGCCUCUUCAACAUACCAACACAUCCUCUUCCAUCAACUCACAAGCAUCCUCCUCAGCCUCCACCAGGACUCUGGUCACGACGACAUCCCUCGAUAGUACUAAAGACGACAAGAUACUGUACCCUUUCCGUAUCAAACACCUUGGCAAGGACGAAUACACCCUCUUCGCCCCCAACCCGCAAGUCAGACAAAGCUGGUGCGAGAAGAUCAUUGAAGCCAAAACACGACACGCAGCAGCCCUCUUCGCGCAGAACGCGGAACCCUUCCGGUUGCGGGUGAUGGCCGACAGUGCGUUCGCCUACGAGGGCGGUACAGUGGGCCAGAAGAGCAUCAUCAUCAAGAACACACCGCUUGACAGGGCCAUCCAGGAUGUCAACAAGAUGUUUGCGAACACGGCUCGCCCGGUUCCGAUUUGCCGAGCGAAGGUCAACUGCGCGACCACGUUCAUGCAGCCUUACGGAAAACAGAUGGUGGCGGUGGGAACAGAUUUUGGGGUAUUUGUCUCGGAGGUGGACAACCCUCGAGGAUGGUCACGAGUGAUUAAUAAUCUGAAAGUCACCCAGGUUGCGGUGCUCGAGGAAUUCAGCCUCUUCCUGCUGAUCUCAGACAAGUCGCUCAUCGCUUACCAUCUGGAUCUCAUUUGCCCCGUCGGCGGCGCGCCACCAAGCAGUGACUCCUCCAGACGCGCACCGCAGAAGCUAAGCGGGUCCCGGGACGUGGGAUUCUUCGCCGUGGGUCGGAUGAAAGACCGCACGCUCGUCUUCUACAAGAAACGAGAGAGCUUGUCGUCCACCUUCAAAGUCCUCGAGCCCGUCUACCAAAAGUCCACCGAAAAGCGCGGCCGCCUCCUCCCCAAGCGCGGCACAACCGACUUCUUCCGCGAAUUCGACGAGUUCUACAUCCCGACCGAAUGCACCUCGCUGAACCUCUUCCACUCCUCCCUCGCCGUCUCCACCGCAAAAGGCUCCUUCGAAGUCCUCACCCUCGACAAGAAGCAGCCCUGGAGCGUCCCCGAUCUCAAAGCCCCCCACGUGGCCCAAAUCGCGGCGCGCCUGCAGGGCCAGGCGACGCUGGGCAUGUUCCGCCUCUCCGAGGGCGAGAGCGGGGAGUUCUUGUGCGUGUUUGAGGAUGUGGCGGUGUAUGUGAACAAGCAUGGGGACAUUAGUCGCAGUGUUGUGAUGGAGUUUGUGGGGAGGGCGAAGAGCGCGGCGCUGUAUGGUGCGUAUGUGCUGCUAUUUGAUGCGGACUUUGUGGAGGUAAGGAAUGCGCAGAAUGGGCGCCUCAGGCAGGUUAUUGCGGGCAGGGAUGUUAAGUGUCUCGAUGAUGGGGCGGGGAUGAGGAAGAGGACGGUGAAAGUUGCGAUGCAGCAUCCGGAGGUGGAGAGGUGUCAGAUUGUGGUUGAGUUAGUGCUUAAUGAGGGGUUGAAGGAGUGA